GAGAGAGAGAGCACAGCUGCAGGCGCGCGCGUUCCUGAACAUGACUCGUGCUUCACGUGCGCGUUUUAUUCAACUGAUUUGGGAAGAAAAUUUUCUUCUUCAAAAAACAAACAAACAAACAAACAAACAAAAACAAGGGAAAUCAGUAAUCAGCUGUUUGUUGCUGAUUUAUGUCUAAUGUAAUGGAACAUUUUUCAACGCGUCGGAGCUCAUAAGCAUGGAUUCAUGUUUGAAGAGACUCAGACAAGAACUGCUUUCUAUGAAAGAGGCUGGUGAUGGUCUUCAUGCUCAGAUGAACUCCAUGAUGGGAGCUCUUCAAGAACUCAAACUUCUCCAAGUCCAAACCGCACUUGAGGAGCUGGAGAUCUCAGGAAAAUCUUGUGUGGAUCCACCAGCUAAAUCCAUAAACACUCAUCCUAAAGAUCAGCAAAAUCAGUCGUCUGAGAACUCUGGCCAAGAAGAACAAGUUCAAUUCCAUCAUCUACAUUCCGGUAGUGCGAGUACUUCUAGCUCUAUAUCCAGCCUAGAGAGUAAGGGUAUGUCUUUGCCUUGGAAGAUCUCAGGAUACACUGCACCACAGGUGGAAUAUUGUGGCCCAAAAGUGUGUGAAACACCAACAGACCACCAAAGCAUGCACCCACACUCAUCCCGAGUUACACCGGUGGAUCUGUCUGGGAUUCUUCAUAGCCUGUCUCGAGAGGGUCCAUCUUUAGACAGUGACUACAUCGAGGACACCUUGGAUGACUCCGGUGAUUGGACCUCCUCCCUCAUGAGCCGCAGUCGCAAUCGUCAGCCUCUGGUACUCGGAGACAACGUUCUUGCUGACCUGGUAGGCAACUGGCUUGACCUGCCUGAAGUGGACAAAGAAUGUGUUGAAGUGGGGAAGGGAAUCAACAGACCAGACUCCCCAGCUCAUCCACUCUACCUCAGCCGAUCCCAAGAGCUGUGCAAGAGAUUCUCACUCACCAGCAAUAUCUUUAAAAGGUUUCUGCGUAGUGUGCGACCUGACCGGGACAAAUUGUUGAAAGAAAAACCUGGCUGGAUGCCACCAGGUCAUGAGUCUGAAGGAGAGAUUUUCAAAAGACCCAAGAAAACCACCAAGGCCAAGGGUAGAUUCUACUUGCCGUUUUGGGCAGGGGGCGGACAGCAAGUUAAGGGUAGAUCGUGUCCUCAUCCGGCAGAGGAGAGGAGCCAGGUAUUAGGACUUUACCUAGAUCAGGGACCUACAAAUGCAGUGGAAAAUGUCCAGCCUUUGCUUGAUUACAGUACAGCAGUUUGGGUUUAGCAUGGACUUUCUGGGGAAAUUAUGGGGUAGGAAUUCAACAUGUGCGUAAGACUGAGUGAGAUUAAAAUGGCUUUGGAUUUUUGGACUUGGCAAUCAAUGGCAAUCUAUUAAAGCCCUCAGGGUGUGAAACGAGAUCUUGUUCAGACAACGCACUUAACUGCACUUGACUCUCAAUGAGAAUACAAAUGCUCAAGACACUUCUGCUGAUAUGCUUAUUUGUGUUUAGUCUUCACCCUUUCUUGUUUUAAGAAAUGUCUUGCACACAAGUCUAACAUGGCAUCUGUACUGAAUUUCCACGGUCUUCCUUCAGGGCAAGUAGAGGUUCCUCUUGGCUAUAAACUACUGUAAAACUGUUCAGCAUGUUUACUUUUGGAAUCUGUCUUUAGAGGUUUCAUUAUGUAUGGCACAGAUCUAUAUCUUGUUACAAUUUCCUAAAGACCUGCCUUUAGUAUUUUAAAGAAAGUUUUUUUUUUUUUAAUUACAAGCCUAAAUAUAGAAAUAAUUGGCCGGUGAAAAUCUUUGAAUAGACUUUAUGGACAUCUUUUAUACGCAAUACGAAGCAUAACAAUGCACAUGAUGUCACAAACACAAAAGUUGUCCAAAGAAGUCCCUUUUUCUCAUGUACAGUGGUCUGACGUGAGUUUAGUUUAUUUCAGACGGAUUUUUUACAUUUUGGUGAAUCAAGUCAUUCUGAGGGGGCACGGUGGCUUAGCGGUUAGCAUGUUCGUCUCACACCUCCAGGGUUGGGGGUUCGAUUCUCGCCUCCACUUUGUGUGUGUGGAGU